CGAAAGCCCCUUGUUUUAAAAACUUCCCAUUCAAAAUCCAAAUAUCUCAUCCCCAGAUUUUUCUUCCACUGAAACACUACCAAACAAACACGACAGCGUGAAUUUACUUUAUGAACGAUAUGGCAACUUGCUCCACCAUAGAAUCCUUGCCGUACGAUUGUGUUUCUGAAAUCUUGUCACGUACGUCCCCUCUAGAGGCAUGCAGAUUUUCGCUAGUCUCCACCAGCCUUGGCUCAUGCGCCGACUCUGACACGGUUUGGAGAGCCUUCUUGCCCUCUGAUUACGAGGACAUUGUCUCAAGGGCCGUGAACCCCUUCACCCUCCAUUUCUCUUCACACAAACAACUCUUCCACGCACUUUGCCACCCCCUUCUCAUUGACCACGGCAACAAGAGCUUCAAGUUGGACAAGUGCUGGGGUAAACAAUGUUACAUCAUAUCUGCAAGGGAAUUGUCAAUAGCUAGGGGCAGCGACCCAAUGAUAUGGAGCUGGAGACCAAACCCUGAAUCAAGAUUCGGAGAGGCGGCGGAGCUGAGAAGAGUGAAUUGGUUAGAAAUUGAAGGGAAAAUGAGAAGGCGGAAUCUUACGCGAAACACGUCAUAUGGGGCUUAUCUGAUAAUGAAAGUUUGCGAUGGAGCGUAUGGGCUUGAUUCUGCGCCGUCGGAGGUGUCAAUUAGCGUCGGAAACAAAGUGCAGCAUAGAGGGAAAGCGUAUUUGGGUGAUAGAAGUGAGAAGAAGCGCAAAAUGGAGACCCUGUUUUAUGGGAACAGGGCAGAGGUGUUGGGAAACGCAGCGUUUCAAGUUCCCUCGAAGAGAGAGGAUGGGUGGAUGGAGAUUGAGAUGGGGGAGUUCUUCAGUGGCGAAGGUGAUGAAGAAAUCAUCAUGAGUUUAAGGGAAGUGGGUUAUCAGUUGAAGGGAGGACUUAUCCUGGAAGGCAUCCAAGUCAGACCAAAAACGUCCUACUCUGCAAAAUGUUGAACCAAUGUUUAUUUUUAUAUUACACUGGAAUAAAAAAAAUUAU